CCCGUUCGGUGGUUCAUGAACUACAACUCCCGGCAGGCACCUCUCCGGGCCGCCUCUCCCAGCCUAGUGCGCAGGCUUUGGCAGACGUGGCACCGGGAACUCGGAGGCGGGGAGCGGCUGCGAAGUGGCGAUUGCUGUUGGCCGCCGUGGAGCUGGCGGGCGUGCGCGGGAGCCGGGCGCAGACGGCAGGAGGCGGCGGGGAUGGCGCGGGCGUGGGGGCUGCUACUGGCGAUUGGGGUUGUCCUGCCAGCCUGGCUGUCCUCCACAAAGGUCUCUUCGCUCAUUGAGAGAAUCUCCGACCCUAAGGACUUGAAGAAACUUCUCAGGACCCGCAAUAAUGUUCUGGUGCUUUACUCAAAAUCUGAGGCAGCAGCCGAAAGUCAUCUCAAGCUACUGUCCACUGUGGCCCAGGCAGUGAAAGGACAGGGCACCAUCUGCUGGGUGGACUGUGGUGACGCAGAGAGUAGAAAAUUGUGCAAGAAGAUGAAAGUUGACCUCAGCCCAAAAGACAAGAAGAUUGAAUUAUUCCAUUACCAGGAUGGUGCAUUUCACAUGGAAUAUGACCGAGCUGUGACGCUGAAGUCCAUAGUGGCCUUUCUGAAGGACCCCAAGGGUCCCCCGCUGUGGGAAGAAGAUCCUGAAGCCAAAGAUGUUGUGCACAUUGACAGUGAGAAGGACUUCAGACGGCUCCUGAAGAAAGAAGAGAAGCCACUCCUCAUGAUGUUUUACGCUCCCUGGUGCAGCAUGUGCAAGAGGAUCAUGCCACAUUUCCAGAAGGCUGCCACCCAAGUGCGAGGCCACUUUGUGCUGGCUGGGAUGAACAUCUACCCCUCAGAGUUUGAAACCAUCAAGGAAGAGUACAAUGUGCGCGGCUACCCCACCAUCUGCUAUUUCGAGAAAGGGCGGUUUCUGUUCCAGUAUGAGAACUAUGGGGCCACGGCUGAGGACAUCGUGGAGUGGCUGAAGAAUCCACAGCCGCCACAGCCCCAGGUCCCCGAGACUCCCUGGGCAGACGAGGGCGGCUCCGUUUAUCACCUGACCGAGGAAGACUUUGACCAGUUUGUGAAGGAGCACUCCUCUGUCCUCGUCAUGUUCCACGCCCCGUGGUGUGGACACUGUAAGAAAAUGAAGCCAGAGUUUGAGAGUGCUGCUGAAGUCCUCCAUGCAGACGCCGAUAGCUCUGGUGUCCUUGCAGCUGUCGACGCCACCGUCAACGAGGCCCUGGCAGGAAGAUUUCACAUCUCUGCGUUCCCUACACUGAAGUAUUUCAAGAACGGCGAGCAGCAGGCUGUACCCGCACUCAGAACAAAGAAGAAGUUUAUUGAGUGGAUGCAGAACCCUGAGGCUCCCCCACCUCCAGAACCCACAUGGGAAGAGCAACAGACAAGUGUGUUACAUCUGAUGGGGGAUAACUUCCGGGAUACCCUGAAAAAGAAGAAGCACACCUUGGUCAUGUUCUACGCGCCUUGGUGCCCACACUGUAAGAAGGUCAUCCCACACUUCACUGCCACAGCUGAUGCCUUCAAAGAUGACCGCAAGAUCGCCUGUGCUGCCGUGGACUGUGUCAAGGACGGGAAUCAGGACCUGUGUCAGCAGGAGGCCGUGAAGGCCUACCCCACUUUCCACUACUACCACUACGGGAAACUUGUAGAAAAGUACGAAAGUGAUCGCACGGAAUUGGGAUUCACUAGUUUCAUCCGAACCCUCAGGGAGGGAGACCUCAAGAGACUAGAGAAGAGGAGGGAGGAGCUGUAACCCUCCUCCUCCGAGAGAGCCCUUCCUUUACACUUUGAACGAUGCCUAUUUUGUUCUUUCUCAAUUUCCAUGUGCUCUGAAGACAAAGUUUUUUAUAGCCACUUACGGCCUUUUGUACAAUUUUGAAAUAAAAUUAAACCGUUUAUUCA